GCGCAGUUUGGGGCCGAGGUCCGCGCGCGGAGCGACAGUGUGCGGCGGCACCGGCUGGAGGGAGUCGGCGCGGUCAAGCGGGUGGCGCAACUCCCAGCCCAGAGCUGCGAUGAGCACCCCAGCCGUGCCCCAGGACCUGCAGCUGCCCCCGAGUCAGAGGGCCCAGUCCGCGUUCAGAGAGCAAAGAAGACAAAAACUCAAGGAGCAUCUGUUAAAAAGAAAAACAUUUUUUGCAUACAAACAGGAAAACCCGAUAUUAUCCAGUAGUAGAGACCAGAGAGUAAGGCCAUCUGAAGGCCAGAUCCAAGAAGAGACAAAAGUUCUGAAACUGAAGACAAAAAUGGCUGAUAAAGAAAAUAUCGGGAGGCCAACUGGGAUCAAAAAUGAUACAAUAAUGGAAAAAAAGAGUAUGCCUUUAAAACCUUCUAAUGAUUUAACCAGUUCAGCUAUAGCAAUUGAUACACAUAAUUUUGAGGACAAUAAUCAAACAUCUUUACCAAUAAAAGAUGACCCCCAAAGUCAACAUAUGACAUUAAGCCAAGCAUAUCACCUUAAAAACAAUAGUAAAAAGAAACAAACAACUACAGAAAAACCAAAGCAAGAUGCUAACGUGCCCAAGAAACCUGUGCUUGGAUCUUAUCGUGGCCAAAUUGUUCAGUCUAAGAUCAAUUCAUUUAGAAAACCUCUACAAGUCAAAGAUGAGGGUUCUGCAACUACAAAGGAACUUUCAGCCACUGUCUCCAAAGCCACAAAGCCUCAGUCUGUAAACCCCAGCAGUGCAACCGUGAAAAGUGACAGAGCCUCAAAUAUGACGACUGCCACUAAAUUUGUGAGCACUACAUCUCAGAACCGACAGCUUGUGCGACCUCCUAUUAGAAGCCACCACAGUAAUACCCCAGACGCCAUGAAACAAGGCAUCAGCAGACCAUCUGCCAAUGUUACAAUUCGGAAAGGGCCUCGUGAGAAAGAAUUAUUACAAUUAAAGGCAGUUCCAUCUAGUAUCAAAACUAGUUCUUUUCAGGACAUAAAAAGAAACAAGACACUGUCAAGAAGCAUGACAUCUGAAAUGGCAGCCAAGCCUGCUGCAUCUUCUAAUACUAAACUGGUAGGAAAGUCGAAAGGCAUUGACCAGCGCAGACAUACGAUCGUGAAAGCAGCUAUUGACAGCAGAUGGGCUAAGCCCAAAGAAACUGCAGAGGAGAGAAAAGCUCGUCUGAGUGAGUGGAAAGCUGGCAAAGGAAGAGUGCUGAAAAGGCCUCCGAGCUCAGUAGUUACCCAGCCUGAGCCCGAAGGACAGGAUGAAAAGCCGGUUGGGUCCUUCUGGACUACCAUGGCAGAAGAAGAUGAACAAAGACUGUUUACUGAAAAAGUAAACAAGACGUUUUCUGAAUGCCUGAACCUGAUUAAUGAGGGAUGUCCAAAAGAAGAAGUAUUGGCUACACUGAAUGACCUGAUUAAAAACAUUCCAGAUGCCAAAAAACUUGUUAAAUAUUGGAUAUGCCUUGCUCGUCUUGAGCCAAUCACAGGUCCUAUUGAAAAUAUUAUCGCAAUCUAUGAGGAGGCCAUUCUGGCAGGAGCUCAGCCUAUUGAAGAGAUGCGACGUGCAAUUGUUGACAUUCUGACAAUGAAGAAUCAAGAAAAAGUUAAAGGAGAAAAUAAUGAAGAGGCUUGUGAAACCAAGGAACAAAUCCAAGAAGUCAACACUGAGGAUACAGGUGUUAAUCUAGGGUCUGGAAAGCCAGAAAUGGAAAACAAGCAUCCUCGAAGUGUGGUAUUUCAAGACUGUGAAAAGGAGCGAGAUGACAAAACAAAAGAUCCGACCAACGAUGUUAAAACCCCCAAAACAGAAACUAGGGCGAGUUGCUUGAUUAAAUAUAAUGUGUCUACAACGCCAUACUUGCAAAGUGUAAAAAAGAAGAUACAGUUUGACGAAACAAAUUCUGCAUUUAAAGAGCUGAAGUUUCUAACACCAGUUAGACGUUCUCGGCGUCUUCAAGAGAAGACUUCUAAAUUGCCAGAUAUGUUAAAAGACCAUUAUCCUAGUGUGUCUUCACUGGAACAGUUAAGAGAGUUGGGAAGUGACACUGAUGCUUUUGUGUGCCGCCCCAACGUGGCCCUGUGCCGCAUGUACGUGGAGACCGACCCAGCAGAAGAGAAGUGAAGCCCUGACGAGGAGAGGAUGGGGUUUUUAUUCUUCCGAGGGUGUUCUGUCGGUUUGUCUGUUGUGCCUUUGUACCUCCCUUAGAUCAGGAGUUGCCAGGGACCUAAGUAUUCAUGGCAGUAGGCGCUUUUACUAGUGUUCACUUUAUAGCAGGUGUUACCUUCUGUGUGUGAUAAGCUAAUCCUACCUUGUCAAUCUCAGUAGACUGAGUGUUUCCCUAAGGCAGGUAAAUUUUGUUGAGACAGAUUUAGCUUACUUUUUCGCCCAGUGCUAGUCCCCCAGACUGCUGUGGUCCCCGUGUGCCUUGGGCUGCCCCUGGUUCUUCGCUGCCACUUUCCAUCAGUGCCAGUGAGUCUGCACCUGUGGUCUCUUGGCCUCUUUUGUUGUAACUGAGGUCACCAAGAGGGACAGUUAACUAAAUACUCCAUUUCUAAGAGAAGGUAUUCAGUGCUAAGAAAGAAAAUGUGCCAAACUUAGUGGGUGUUCGGAACUUUAAAUCUGAGUUCCUUUCUUUAUUUCCUUUUGUAACUUGACUAUCCAAAAUUUUAAAAUUUUAACUUCCAUUGCUUCAUUUGAUACAGUUUAUAGACUAUUAGAAUGGAGAUAGAGAAGGAAUAUGCACUAUUUAAUGAAUGUCAUUCUAGUUUAGAUAGUAUUUCUAAAAUAACUAACACUUAAAAUUGACUUCUUCCUUAUAAUAUAAAAACUUCACCGUUAAAUCAUGUCUCCUAAAACAUGAUAGUCAUACACACUAAACAGUUCUCUCUACACAUAAAUACCACCAAUAAAAUCAUUUUAUAAGUCUCUGAACUAAUACUUAAAUGGCACACAUCCUCUACCAAAUCUAGUUUCAAAUAAGGAUUUGGUCGUCGUAAAAGAUUAUACUUUUAAUACUGCAUAAUAUGAACGUGGUGAAAAAUCACAUUUGUGUUCAUUAAAUUCUAUUUGUAAAACACCUAUCUUUGUUCUAUUUAUUGUCUUAUGUUCUAGAGAGUAGAAUUUUUACUCCUUUUUAAGUUGUGUACCUAAUAUGUAUACAAUAAAUUAAAAUAUCUAUAUAAUGAUA